UCAAAGUUCCUUGUUAUCGCGCUGACCAACAUUUAAACUACAACUCCCAUGUAAUUAUCGUCAAGGUGUUUCUAUCAAUAUGGCUGUUGUCAGUCAGACAAAGGCAAACAGUCCGCUUGUGAUUGAAAGCUAGUAAAAGGGCCGGGCAUCUCCUGCUACAAUCUGAUGGUUUGAUCGAUGUGUUUCUUCUGUUAAUAAGCGGUUUUCUCCCGCCACACGCUGUUUUGUGGUGGUGCAAUAUUAAAGGGUCAAGUGUACGGAGGCACAUCGAGAUAGCUAGCGACAUAAGGAUGUCUCAUUACACAGACGAGCCUCGCUUCACCAUCGAGCAGAUCGACUUGCUCCAGAGGCUGCGGCGUACGGGCAUGACCAAGCAAGAGAUCCUCCACGCCCUUGACACCCUAGACCGGCUGGACCGCGAGCACGGGGACAAGUUCGGCCGUCGCACCUCCUACGGAGGAGGAGCAAAUAGCUCUGUGUCCGACCCCAAUAGCACCACCACAAACAACACUGCCUCUGUUUCUGCCGCCACCACCUCCUCAACAACAUCCUCUUCCUGUAUUAGUAAUAAUAAUAAUAAUGGCGCCAGUGGUAUUGGGAGCAGUAAUGUUACCAACACCGCCCUGGCCUCAUCCUCCACCAACUCUACCGCCACACAGACACAGUACCUCCCUCCACGUGGCGGGCUCUCCCCCUCGCCUAGCAACAGCUACGACACCUCCCCACCACCCGGCCCGCCCCCGCCCUCUGCCAUCCUCUCGUCCCCGGUGUCGCUGGUCGCCAUGGUGCAGAACGGGGGGCGGGACAGCCUGGCGGCAACGCCCAACGGGAAGCUCUCGCCGCCUCGGUACCCAAUGAAUAGCGCUGCUGCCGUCAGGCCGUUCGGGUUCGAGGCCACGGAGGAGGAGCUGGACAUCGAUGACAAGGUGGAGGAGCUCAUGAGGAGGGACAGCAGUAUCGUCAAGGAAGAGAUCAAGUCCUUUCUGGGAAACAGGAGAAUCUCUCAGGCUGUGGUGGCUCAGGUCACAGGAAUCAGUCAGAGCAGGAUCUCUCAUUGGUUGCUCCAGCACGGCUCUGACCUCAGCGAACAGAAGAAGAGAGCUUUCUACCGCUGGUACCAGCUCGAGAAAACCACCCCAGGUGCCACUCUAAACAUGUGCCCUGCCCCCAUGGCUCUGGAGGAGAUGGAGUGGAGACAGACCCCGCCCCCUAUAAGCACCGGCCCCGGGAGCUUCCGUCUUCGGCGUGGGAGUCGCUUUACCUGGAGGAAGGAAUGUCUAGCUGUGAUGGAGAGCUACUUCAAUGACAACCAGUACCCUGACGAAGCCAAGAGAGAGGAGAUCGCCAACGCCUGCAACGCGGUCAUCCAGAAACCAGGGAAGAAGCUUUCGGACCUGGAGAGAGUCACAUCCCUCAAAGUCUACAACUGGUUUGCCAACCGACGCAAAGAGAUCAAGAGACGGGCUAAUAUUGAAGCCACGAUCUUGGAGAGCCAUGGGAUAGACGUCCAGAGUCCUGGAGGACACUCCAACAGCGACGACAUCGAUGGAGGCGACUACACAGAACAGGCCUGUGACCUGCCCUACUUCGACAAGAGACCCAUGGCCAGACCCUUUGGCUUCUACAGGCUGGAGCCCACUUCACCCACACAGGAUGAUGGUCCAGGCCAUGGAGACCACCAGGACCCCAUCUCUCUGGCCGUGGAGAUGGCAGCAGUCAACCACACCAUCCUGGCUCUGUCCCGGACCGGAGGGGUGCCCAGCGACAUCAAGACAGAGGCCCUGGAUGAUGACUGAACAAGGGGAGAGGGGAGGGGGUUACUGGAUGAUGACUGAACAAGGGAAGGGGGUUACUGGAUGACUGAACAAGGGGAGGGGGUUACUGGAUGACUAAACAAGGGGAGGGGGUUACUGGAUGACUAAACAAGGGGAGGGGGU